AGGACCCCGCGGGCCGGGGCUGCAGCGGGGCCUGGGCGGCCGGCCGGAGCGGCGCAGACCCCGGCUCUCGGCUCCCGGCGCCAUGUGAGGGGGGUCGGGGGCCGCGGGGGGCCCGGCGCUCCCCAGCGGAGAUGAGGAAACUGAGGCUCAGAGAGGUCACAUGGCUUGCUCGAAGCCCCCCAGCCAGUAAGUGGUGGACCCGACAGUUGGCACUGGCGCCUGACCUGACUUGCUGUCACUUUACCAUGGCCUUCUCAGAGCAGGACUGUGACGGGGCUGACCAGGGGGACCGUGGUCCUGGCUGAGGGCACUGCUCAGGCAAAGGUGUGACCCCACAUCCCUGCCCCCCGGGCCACCUGCAGGACGCUGGCCCCUACCCCUCAGCAGACGCCGGAGAGAGAUGAGUAGCAACAAAGAGCAGCGGUCAGCAGUGUUCGUGAUCCUCUUUGCCCUCAUCACCAUCCUCAUCCUCUACAGCUCCAACAGUGCCAAUGAGGUCUUCCAUUACGGCUCUCUGCGAGGUCGCACACGUCGGCCUGUCAACCUCAAGAAGUGGAGCAUCAGCCACGGUUACAUCCCCCUUCUUGGCAACAAGACGCUGCCUUCCCGGUGCCACCAGUGUGUGAUUGUCACCAGCUCCAGCCACCUUCUGGGCACCAAACUGGGCCCAGAGAUCGAGCGGGCUGAGUGCACCAUCCGCAUGAAUGAUGCACCCACCACAGGCUACUCGGCUGAUGUAGGCAACAAAACCACCUUCCGAGUGGUGGCUCAUUCCAGUGUGUUCCGGGUGCUGCGCAGGCCCCAGGAGUUUGUCAAUCGGACCCCUGAAACUGUCUUCAUCUUUUGGGGUCCCCCAAGCAAGAUGCAGAAGCCCCAAGGCAGUCUCGUGCGUGUCAUCCAGCGGGCAGGCCUGGCAUUCCCCAACAUGGAGGCCUACGCCGUCUCUCCCAACCGCAUGCAACAGUUUGACGACCUCUUCCGGGGUGAGACGGGCAAGGACAGGGAAAAGUCCCAUUCGUGGUUGAGCACAGGCUGGUUUACCUUGGCGAUUGCGGUGGAGUUGUGUGAUCAUGUGCACGUCUAUGGCAUGGUCCCCCCUGACUACUGCAGCGGCCCCGCCUGCAGCGCAUACCCUACCACUACUAUGAGCCCAAGGGGCCAGAUGAGUGUGUCACCUACAUCCAGAAUGAGCACAGCCGCAAGGGCAACCACCACCGCUUCAUCACUGAGAAGAGGGUCUUCUCAUCUUGGGCGCAACUGUAUGGCAUCACCUUCUCCCACCCUUCCUGGACCUAGGCUAUCUUGCCUGUGGGACCUCGUGAGGGACACUGGAGAAGCCGUUCUGGACCCAGUUCAGAACCAUGGCAACUUCUGACCAAUCAAGGCCAGAGUACCUCUCAGCCAAUCAGGGCCUGGAGGGGUGUGUCCUCCAGCCAAUCCUCCAACCUGGGAGAUAUCUCUUGGCCAAUCAGGGAAUUGGGAUCCUUUGUGGUUAAUCAGGGGUGUCAGGUCGUCUUUCUUGUCCAGUCAGGGUCUGAGACUAGUCAAUCAGGGUAUAGGGGUCUUUCUGAGUCAAUCUGAGGCUAAGGAUAUUUCCUUUCCCAUGAGGCCUUGGUUCAGAGCCCCAGGAAUGGAAUCCAGAUCACUCCUUACUUAGCUGGUGUCCUAUCCCAAGGAGCUGGGAACUUGGUGUUACACCCUCAGUUCCAGUCAUCAAAGAGAUGAGAGGGGUGAGUGGAUAGAAACUGUCUGGACCAGGCCAGAGAAUUUAUGGAAGUUGUGGCAGGCCCAAGAAGUAGAAGCCAGUGACAGGGUAUUGGCUUCUCCCUAAGUGACCUUGGACAAGCCCCUCCCCAGGCUCACAGCAGGUUCAAAUGUGAAGUCUGAGACUUUCUCCCCCUCCACUGACCACCCUGUCCUAAGACUACCCAGCUACCACUCUUCACUAAGAUGCUCAGCUACAUUGGGAGGCUAGAAAGCCCUUCCUCAUUUUCUUCAGGAAGACUUGAGGGCAUUUUUUCCCCCACCAACUCCCCAGGGCUGGGAGACAGACAAGAACGGGAAAAACCUUAGUGUGUUUUGUUAGCCUCAGUUCAGCUGCCAUUAACUUGCCUCUUAAAGGGACAGGACUCCUUUUCUGCAGGCAGGGUCUCCUGCAGAAAGUCUCUGCAGCCUUUGGAGCGGGGAAAAAAGAGGGUUCUGGCCAUACUGGGGUGCCAGGAAGUCUUUGUUUGGAGAUGCUGAGGGCUUAGGAAUUAUCUCUCCCAACCUGGGCCUGGGUGGAGGCUGUUGAGUGGGAGGGAUGGAGGUGGAGGCCACCAGCCUGGACUCAACACACAGGCAGGCUAUGAGGGCGG